AUGGCUGAUGACUCAGUUUUCCAUGACGCCACCUCUUUUCUUCUCUACCUGGUAAUACUGGCUGAGCUAUUCGUCCAUUCGUCGUCCCGUCCCACCCCUUGUCCGUACAGCGUGUUUGAACCAAUGAUUCAUCAGUUGGACAAGAUCAUCGCCUCCUCCAAAAAACUCCAUGGUUUGCCAGAAGCCGAGCUUGUGACCUUCAUGGACGUAGAACACAAACUGGACGGUCUUCCUGUAAUAAAACACACUGCUGCCCAUCUCAGCUCGUUGAAGGUUAACGAGUCUCUCCCUCAGCUCUACGUGUACGCCGAGUCCUUCAGGCUGCACACCAAGUGGUUGAAAACUGCACAAGUAAAUGUCAGUGUGCCCUUUCAGGCAGCUGAGGGCGCCAGCAACCACCUCGAGCAAUUGUCCGAUCUCACCAAAAAAUUUCUAGAAAAGAUCGGUGAACAAGUUCCUGAGACGGCGUCUCCCUCCCUCCCGGUCGUCUCCACAGCCUUCGAGGCUCUCAGGUUCUCUGUAGAGAUCUCAGACCGGCUACAAGUCUUCUGUCACUGGUCAAAAAGAAUCUUACGGCAACUCCAGAGACGAUCCCCCUGUCCAAAACAUUAA